AGGCGAAGCCGAGAAAGGUUGAAAGUCGUUGCGAAUGGCUCUACGAUGAUCCAGUGCAGGAGGAUGAAGCCUGCAGCGACUCUGGAGACGAAGGCUUUCGAAUGUUCGCUGGCCAGGAGCUGCAUGCUUUCGGAGGUGGGUCAAGCUCGACCUCAUCUGUGAAGAUUGUGAACCUGGUUGACUUCGAGGAGUGUAAUCCGCCUGCCAGCCCGCGUCAUGUCAGAGCUGCCAGUCCCUCUUCCAGAACAGCUCUGGUUACGGUAUCUUUAGCUUGCCAAGGUGCUGCUUUGCCGAGAUUUGGCCUUUGUCCAACGGAGCUGGAGAGUGCGACUGCGGCAGGAGCAGCGCCUGGCUUCACAAUGCCCAUGAGGUCCAAGGAUGAUGUGUUGCUGGAAGAAAUCCAAUUCCUGCGUCAAAUGCUGGCGGACUGCAAUGAGGAGAAGAGAAUCCAGGUGGCCAUCGUCCGCGACGAAGUGGCGGAGAAGCAGCGCGUCAUCGACGAGCUGCGGAGCCAAGCCAUCGCUGCGCAGGCGACUCUUCAAGCAAUGAAGCAUGGCCGAGAGGUGAUGAGCCGAGUAGAGAGUCUGGAGGCUGAAGUGGAGCUUGCGAAAGGGCAGGUUCUCAGCCUGCAGGAGAGAUGUCGGGAGUUGGAGAGCAGCAAGCAGCAUCACGAGGCAGAGGGCAUCCGACUGAAAGGCAAGUUGGAUUUCUGGGAGGCCUCUGAUGAGUCCUUGGCCGUGAGUAGCGAGCCGGCAGUGUCAGCUUGGGACUCCGCCCUUCGAGAGGCUUGCCAGAGUUCUCUGCGACGCCUGGCAGACCGGCGAGUUGCAUUGCGGGUGGCCAGUUACAAGGAGGUGGCGGUGUGUAAGAUUUGCUACGAUCGUCCUGUAUCAUGUGCACUGCUGCCUUGCAGGCAUCACGCCUUCUGCACCUCUUGUGCUGAACGGGUGGAGCAAAGCCGAGACCAGGCUUGCCCCAUUUGCCGCACUGCGGUAACCGGCCGCUUUGAUACCUUCAGCGGAUGAAACGGCGCCACAUUGCAACAACUUCUUGUGGCCAGCAGAAUCAACAUGAGAGCCGUCGGAUGACUAGAGCAUGUUAGAACAACAGCCACUCCUCCAAAGAGUUCAAGGCUCAAUGCUACUAGGCUGAUGCUGUGGGAGAGGCGUUCACUGAAACAGUGUUGGCGGCUAGCGCCCAGCUUGUUGGCGAU